ACAAGUUGAAGGGUGCAUCAUCUUCCAAACUCUAAUCCUCACCAUGCUACUCCCUCCCUCCACCACCUUCAUACUCUUCCUCCUCUUCUCCUCAACGCACUCUCUCUUCUUCAACAUCACCAACUUCGAGGACCCCGCAGCCUCCUCCGCCAUCUCCUACCAAGGCGACGGAAGAGCCACCAACGGCUCCAUCGACCUCAACAAAGUCAGUUACCUCUUCCGCGUCGGAAGAGCCAUCUACUCCCGCCCCCUCCGCCUCUGGGACUCCUCCUCCGGCGUCGCCGCCGACUUCGCCACGCGCUUCGCCUUCUCCAUCUCCCGCGCCAACGACUCCGACCCCUCCAUUGGGGAUGGCUUCACGCUUUACAUCGCUCCCUUGGGAUACCAGAUUCCGCCCAACUCCGCCGGCGGCACCUUCGCCCUCUUCAACGCCACCACCAACAAUGACCUCCCCGAGAAUCAUGUUGUCGCCGUCGAGUUCGACACCUUUGUAGGGUCCACCGACCCUCCCAUGCAACACGUGGGAAUCGACGACAACUCGCUUACCUCGGUAGCUUUUGCCAAGUUCGACAUCGACAACAACCUCGGAAAAACAUGUCACGCGUUGGUCACCUACACCGCCUCCUCUCAAACGCUCUUCGUUUCGUGGUCUUUUAAAGGAAAACCAAUAACCACGAAUACAAACGCCAACAAUAACGAGUCUUCUCUGUCUUACCAAAUUGACCUCAAGAAAAUUCUCCCUGAGUGGGUCAACAUUGGAUUCUCAGCCUCAACGGGGCUUUCUACCGAGAGAAACGUUAUUCACUCGUGGGAGUUUAGUUCCACUUUGAAUUCCACCUUUGAUGAGAGCACUCCGAAACCAGAGCACAAAGGGUCAAACUCAAAGCUCGUGUUGACUGUUGCGGUUGUUUGUCCAGCGGUGUUGUUGUUACUGUCUGCUGCGACUACCGUUGUUUUGCUGAUGAGAAAAAAGAAAAGAAGGGAGAGUUGCAUGUUGUAUGAAGUUAACGAGCUUGGUCCCGCUUCAGUUAAAUUUGACUUGGACAAAGCAACCAUACCAAGAAGAUUCGAGUACAAAGAACUAGUGGAUGCCACGAACGGUUUCUCAGACGAUAGAAGGCUGGGACAAGGAGCUUCAGGGCAGGUUUACAAAGGGGUGUUGAGUUACCUCGGAAGAGUGGUUGCCGUGAAGAGAAUCUUCGCGGACUUCGAGAAUUCAGAGAGGGUUUUCAUCAACGAGGUGAGGAUCAUAAGCAGGCUCAUCCACAAAAACUUAGUCCAAUUCAUAGGGUGGUGCCACGAGGAAGGCGAGUUUCUCCUAGUGUUCGAGUACAUGCCCAACGGGAGCCUGGACACGCACUUGUUCGGUAACAAGAGGACAGUGGAAUGGCAGGUGCGGUACAAGGUUGCGUUAGGGGUGGCGACGGCGCUUCGUUACCUCCACGAGGACGCGGAACAGUGCGUGCUGCACAGGGACAUAAAAUCGGCGAAUGUUUUGCUGGACAACGAGUUCAACACCAAGGUUGGGGACUUCGGAAUGGCGAAGUUGGUGGAUCCGAGGUUGAGGAGUCAGAGAACGGGGGUGGUGGGGACUUACGGGUACUUGGCGCCGGAGUAUGUGGGCGGAGGGAGGGCUAGUAGGGAAUCGGAUGUGUACAGUUUUGGGGUGGUGGCGUUGGAGAUAGCGAGUGGGAGGAGAACGUAUCAAGAGGGGGAGUUUCACGUGAGUUUGAUGAACUGGGUGUGGGAGCUUUAUGUUGAGGGGGAGAUAGUGAGAGCUGCGGAUGAGAAACUGAAGGGGGAGUUUGAGGUGAGUGAGAUGGAGAGUUUGCUUGUGGUGGGGCUUUGGUGCACCAAUCCCAAUGAUAAGGAGAGGCCUAAGGCGGCGCAGGUCAUCAAGGUUUUGCAGCUUGAAGCGCCUCUGCCUCUGCUUCCUCUUGACAUGUAUCAACGCGCUCCUCCUCCUCCUCAAAUCAUUAGGCUCCCACAUCAUCAUCAUUCAUUGCAAUCGCCACCUAUUACUACUAGUCUUACCAGUGUUGGAAGAUAAUCAAUCUCGUUAUUAAUUAUAUGAAAGUAUGGGUCUCUUAAUUACCAUUCUAUUUA